AUGCAUAGUUCCUCUGCUCAUGGCCCAGGCUCUCUCUUCAACCAAGGCAGCUGUUCAUCUGUCUCAUCCCCACCACUGCCUCCAGAUAUCGACUUGACUCACGGCCGCCAAUUUCACCCUGAAAAUGUAUACCCUCAACAUUUCAGCCAAGACGACAUUGAGGUUCCGACAGGAGACCGCAUCUAUCUUGCAUGCCCCGGAUCAAAGCGAAAGUGCCCCCAUUGUAACGCACACGUGGCCCACAAUGACUGCCUUGUCAUUGCGAUUGAUGGGGCAUGUUCGAACAAUGGCAACGACGAGGCGCGUUCGGCGAUUGGGGUAUUCCAUGGCUACGACAGCGGCUUCAAUAUCUCCUAUACUUUAGACAGCUUUGACCGUCACACAAACCAGAUAGCCGAACUGGAGGCUUGCUCGAGAGCUCUAUCUGAUGCAAUCAUUAUCCAGGCAGAAUGGGACAUGGCAGAUGAUCGCCUUAGUGCAAUUGUGAUCAAGUCUGAUUCCGAGUACGUGGUGCGGGGCCUGACUGAGUGGCUCCCGAAGUGGAAGAAAAAUGGCUGGAAGAAUGCUAAGGGCUCUCCAGUCGCGAAUUCUACCUAUUUCCAACGGAUUGAGCGGCUAAUUGAACAACUUGAACAGGAUAUCUCUGUCAAAUUUUGGAUGGUGCCCCGAGAACGGAACGGGAUGGCAGAUAGUCUAGCGAAAUCGGCCAUAGAAGGGAAGGGUACUGGGCAGCUGUAUUACGCCGUGUAG